AUGAGCAAUAGUAAUUUACAAGAUGGUCCUGACAGACUUUUAUUUGAAUAUUUUAUUGUGGCAGGAUUAAAUGACAAAGAAAAUUGUGAUGAAUUUCCGGCUCAUUCUUCCGAUGGAAAAUUGAAUAGUGGAGAAGCAAAGGCUCCAAUAACUGAUAUUUGUGUUGUUAUUUCAAGUGCAGGAGAAACAACACCUGUUGACUUUGAAAGAAUAGAAACAACACCUUCUGGCUAUUUGGCUAAUUUAAAUCACGGGUCUAUACGUUCUACAGCUUGUUUUGUUUGUUUUAAACGCGGAUAUCAUAAACCGCCACUUAUUGACCUUGGAAUUCUGGAUGAAAGCAGAGGAGAGAAACCUUGCAGUGAUGCAACUGUAAUUGAAAAAACUCCUUAUGGUCUUUCGGCAAAUAUUAGCAAUAGCAAUUCUCAAAGCCUUUAUUUUACAUUUAGACGUGCUAAACCAGAUGCUCCUCCACAUCAACUUGUCAUUACAGAUAUUUGUGUUAUUUUAGAAAACAAAAAUGAGCAGCCUCCCCAUACUUAUUACAAAAUCCCAAAAAAUCUGAAUAGAAGUAUGCUUGGUUCGGAAGUCUAUAUUUGUUUUAAAAAGUCCCAGAUGAUGUGCAAACGUUUAGCUUAUAGAGCUAGUGUUUUGGAUUGUUUUCCACCUCUCAAAAGUGAUGAAGACUCAAUUCUUGUUCAAAAUGUUCCAAAAUUUUUUCUUCCGAUGGGGGCUUCAAUUGAAGCUUGGCCUGAAAGUUGUGUUGGUUCCGAAAAGAAUUCUAGCUCACGGACAUUUAGCACUUGUGUUUUUACUGAUGAGGCAUAUAAUAAAUAUUAUGGCGCCUCUGUAACAUUUUUUGAACCAUACACAAAUACUUUAACCGACGAACAAUUAGAAAAAUUUGAUCUAGGAGAGGACUUUAUAAAAUGUCCAAAAUCUAUAGAGUCGUCUACUCCAUCAAUUUCAAAUUCUGUGGAUAAAAAAGAAGUUGAGGAAGAGGGUGUUGCUACAAAUCAAGAAAAUUACCUCUUUUAUUGUAAUAAAGCAAUUUGUAUUGUUUCUCGUUAUCCAUUCUUCGAGCCAUUCCGACGCUUUCUCUUCUUUCUUUUAAAUUCUGUAACUGUUGGAAAAUCAAAAAUUCCUAUUGAGCGUUAUAUUUCGCAUUUGAUGUAUGAAGUUCCGUUCCCUUCGCCAUCUCGUCCACGAAUUUUAAUGGAACUUGGAAACGACAUGAUCGAUUUAAAGAGCAGUGACGACAGCCAAAUCCCUCUCACUGGUGCUGAUUUUUUUGAAACUCUAAAGUGCCUUGGAACAGAAAAUUUGCUUUAUGCUAUGCUUCUAACACUUUUAGAACAAAAAAUUUUGGUUCAUUCUUUACGUCCUUGGCUUUUAGCAUCUGUGACGGAAACAUUUUGUGCAAUGAUUUUUCCUUUUUCUUGGCAUUUACCUUAUAUUCCGCAAUGCCCUUUAGAAGUUGCUGAUAUUUUUCAUGCUCCACUUUCUUUUAUGGCAGGAGUUGAUUCGAGAUAUUUUGACUUAAAAGAAGACCCUCCUUCUGACGUUACUUGUUUCGAUUUGGACACUGCCACAAUAAGCAAAUCAAGUGUUAGGAAAUUCUACAAACUGGAUAUGUUGCCUAAAAAGCCUCUAAAAAGACUUCGUAAUGUUUUGGAUGAAAUUUCUAUCAAAACUACUAUAGAAAAUGCCUCUUCUAGAACUGAAAAGGACAACGAAAAGUUGUAUUUACAAAAAAUUCAGUCAGAAACAGCAAUUCGGGAAGCGUUUCUAAAAUUUGUUUGUUCUUUAAUGGAUGGCUAUUUGGAUUAUCUUCGCCCACUUUUAAGCUCUCCAAAAAGUGAAGAAGAAUUAGACAUCAAUCGCUUAUUUGAUUGGAAUCUUUUUCUUCAUUCUCGUGACAAACACUCUUCUUUAUUUUAUCAAAAAUUUCGUGAGACAACUUGCUUCAUUCGAUUUAUCGAGGAACGUUCUGGUGCUUUGUCUGAAAGGGGAGAAGUUGGAAGUGGUUCUGUUGAUAGAAGCAUUUAUUAUAUAUUUUUUGAUGAUUGUAUUUCAAAAAUUAAUACAGAAUUGCAAAAUGCUGUGAGCAGUAAAGACAGAGCAGCAGCUAAAGAGCGUGUAAACAAUUUACGUCUACUCGAUGCUGAUUCAAUCCGUGCUAAUCGAACUGUGGUUAUUCAGGCACCACAAAUGCUCAAUCCAGAAUUUAAAGAUACAACUUUUACUUUCACUUCUUUUCCUCAUCGUUUUUGCGAGAAGCUUUUUGAACGUGACUUUAUACGAAAUGCAGCUGCAUCUCGUCCACCUCAACAUUAUCUUCACUCUAGUACAAAAUUAGGCAAUAAAAAUAUUGUUUUGCGGACUCGUCAAGAAAUUCGAAAAUCGAUGUCAGAUACAUCAAUCCUUUAUCAUCAAAAUAUAAUGUAUUGGCCUCGUUCUGUCCUUUUCUUUGCUUAUUCAAUUUGGUUUAUGCAACUUCCGUCAAUGUUGGCUUUGGCUAGAAGUAAAAAGAAAAUGUUGAUUCUUGGAUUAAGAGUUAUUUCUCGAAUGGAACAGUUAAUGUUGCCUAUUCAUGAUCAAAUAUGUUAUAGAGUUCUAAUGCAACUUUGUGGUGAUUAUGAUCAUCCUGAAUUGGCUGUUUAUAUUUUGCGAAAAAUGCUUCGAAUUGGGAUUGUCCCAAAUGCUGUUACAUAUAAAGUUUACCAUCAGGCAUUGAUAAAAGGUAAUUGGCCUUCUGAAAAGAGAAUUUGUGCAAUUAAUUCUUGGAGAAAACUUCGUUUAUGUUUAGAAGUUUGUAUUAGAUUUAAACAAUUUCUGCCACAGUUUGAUACAUCUUCCGAAUUUGUGGAACAGGAGGCAUCACCAAAAAAUACUUCUGAUGAACUGGUGAAUAAUACAGAGGAUCAAGAAAGUAUUGUUAAAGAAACUGGUAUUAUUAACGAUGAGAUUGAAGUAAAUGAUGAUAAAAACCCCUCAAUUAUUCAAAAUCAUCAAGAAAACAAUUCGAACAACGUCGAUGGCUACUUUGACCCUUUAGGCGCAGAAAUUUUAAAUAAAAAACGGACAGAAACAAAUACAGUCUCUAAUCAAAUCAAAAACACGCCUUUAAUGGAAAAAGCUCAAUCUCGUCUAAAGAAAUCGCCAAAUGGCAAAAAUGCAAUUAUUAAAGUUAAAAAUACUUCUUUUAUUAGCCCAAGUCGAGAAAAAUUUAUGAAAGAACAUUCUGCUUCCCCUUUUGCUUUAGAAGACGAAGGACAGUCAUUUGCAGACAAAAUGUCUCUAAAUAGCGAGAAAAAGAAAAGAAGAUCAUUACGACUAGGUGGAUCUUGGUUUAAAAAUUUUGCUUCAAAUUCACCAAUUCUCAAUACUUUAAUGAAUCGAAGUCACACAACUGAAAAUCUUGAAAAAAUGAGCAAAGAUGGCGGAAGCAGUAUGAAUUCAGAUACUGCAUCUGCUUCUACUUCUGCUUUAAGUGUAACUCCAAAUUUGUUCACUCUGGCUAAUAAAAUGAGAAAGAAAGCAUUGAGAACUUAUAAUGAAGUUUUGGGACCAGCGACUGAAUUACUCGAACGUUCAGGGAUUAAUCCUGCUAGAAUACUCAAUGAGGCAAAGUUAAAUCUCAGUAAAUCUUAUCAAAAUCCUGAUCAAUCACUUCUUUCUACAAUUUCCUCGUCAAAUAAUAAUUUAAUGGAAGCAGGCGGGGACUUUUUCUUUCGUUGUACAAGAAAUGCCAAGGAUCUUAUCUCAAUUAGUUAUUGGAUGCAAGAAGUUAUUCCUGAUGAUAAUACAGAACUAAAAAAUGUCUGGUUAAGAAAAAAGGAAGAUGAUGAUUCUUUUUUGCCUGAAGACUUUCUUGAUGUUUUUAUUUGUUCUUCCUCAAUUUGUUCAAAUUGUGAACAAGCUGUUUAUGAUGAUGAACUUACUCUUGGUUGGUGUGUCGAUGAUGCUAAUUUAAACAGUGUUUGCCCUAAUUGCCAGCACAAUUUCUUACCUUCACUUAAAAUUUGUAUAAGAGUAAGGGAAUUGCAACAAAUACCUAUUGACCAACAACAAAGCCCUAACUCGACAGGAACUUCAUCUUUUUCUGUUACUAAUACUUCUGGAAAGAUAGUCCAAGCCUUUACUGUUCCAUAUGUUAAUCCAUUGGUAUUACGACGUGAAUUGGAAACACUUUUGAUAGAAGAUGGUCUUUCAAUUCUUGGAAGGCCGUCAAUGCGCAUUUCCCAUCCAAUUAUCUUUUGGAAUAUGUUCUAUUAUUGUCGUCGUCUUGAACUUCCAACACAUUUACUUACUUGGGUAUCUCCAGCUGUUGUCAUUCAUUGUGUGCAGAAUAUGUUGAGACUACCUUCACAAGAAGAUGAGGAGGAUACAGUGCAGAAAAAUUAAAAUCUGGUGGGAGCCCUUUAAAUUUAUUCUUUUAAAAAUUAAAAAAAUUAUUAAAUAAAAUAUGUAUAAUUUAAAAAUUAAUAAAUUUAAUUUUAUUAAAAAAUUUAAUUUUUUGCGUGAAGAUCGUUUAUGCAAUUGUUCCUUUAAUUGUUCUUUUUUCUCUCCCAAAUUUCUUAUUUGACAAUCAAAAGAAUUUUUUACUUUACCCAUUUAAGAUAACGAGAUAUACUUCUUUAAAAUAAUUUUUUAAUCUUGUUGUCAUGGUAAUCUUUCCGCCUACGUUUUUUCUUCUUUCCUCUAACGGUCUCUCCGACCCAUACCCGCUUAUCUAGCAAUAUUUCUCUAUCAAGAAUUGUUCUAUUUCCAUAUUUUUUCGUCUUUACUUCGUAUUUAUGGGGCGCAAUGGCUACGUGUUAUUACUUUUCGUUUUUUAUUAAGCCUUUUUUAGCGAAAACCCUCAAUAACUCAGGUAAUGCGCCAAGCCUUUCAAGUGCACACAAUGUGUAUUUUUUCUU